AUGAUCUCCACAUACACAACCAUGUCUCCUCCCUCUUAUUCUUCCGAGCAAAUGUGCAAGAUGAACUUCAGUCCACUGCGAUCACCCUCACCAAGAAAACGUUUCAACGGUCACGAGCGAAACCAGUCUGAAGCCAUCCAACGCCCACGCCCCAUUAGCGUAGCAAGCAACUCAGUCAUGGUACAGCACGCAAAACGGGCCUCAAUAUACGUCUCAGACGCUUCCAUCUUACUCCAACAACGCACACCCAUGGCCUCACCAGUCUCACCAGCAGACUCCGGCAUGGCCUCACCAACCAGCGAGUCCUCCGAAGUUACCGACCACUACGCCAUCCUCGAACUCACACCCAUGGCCACCACGGACGAGAUCAGAGCUGCAUACCGCCGUCUACGUUCCGUUUACUUCGCCAACGAUGCAAAGAAGUACCGAGCACUCCAAGCAGGUUUCGACUGUCUAAUGGACCCGGAAGCUCGCCAAGCCUACGACGCAACUUACCAGCCAGCGCCAUCUUCGCUCUCGAGUAUCAGCGAAAUCUUGGACCAGGGAAAGCACUGGCGCAAAGAUAGCGCUCACGGUGACGAUCCAGCAGUUAUCCUGGAAGAAGAAGAGGAGGAGAAGGAAGAAGACCUACGGACUGACGACCCUAACUGGGGUCUUAAACGGUUUCAACCUGCUCACGAAUCACUGCUGGGGUCUGAGCCGUAUCUUUCCUAUGUCCCUGUACCUACACGUUCGCUGCCUACGUGUGGAUCGCCAAAGUAUGUCGGACAGUUUGCAGUGAACGCGUGGCCCAAUUAG